CUGGCAAAAACGGAGGGAAAAUUUAGGGGCGUAACCCGUGUUAGCCACAUGAAAUGUUCAUAAAAAAGUUAAGACAGUAGACAAUCUGCUCGACUGUGAAACGAACGGCUGAACUCCAUUUUGAUAAAAAAUAAAACGACCUCAACGGCUGCAAAAACACGUUGCUUCCAGUUUUGAACAGCACGAAUUUUUAAAUUGAAAUUCUCGUCUCCAAGUGUCACUUCUCUUGAACACUAUUUCAUACUCAUGCUUCUAUACUGAAAAACAGCGAUGGCCCAGGCACAACAGCAGGGUCAGCAGGCACCGCCGCUCCUUGAUAUUAGAGGACUGGAAGAUGGGACAAUUGCAACUCUUUUGGCUGUACCACACCCGACUAUCGAGAGGCUCAUUUCCUUGCCAAAACUUGAAUUGGUGGUCGCAUUGAAAAACAACAAGCAGCAGGAUUUCAAGUUAGAUUGGGGAAAGCCUCGAUUGGCCAGCAUCCUGCAUGCGUUCCUUCUCACUGCCAACCGAGACAUUAUUGACGUUGGAGGGCAGCCACCUCAGGUGAUCCAACCACCUCAAGUGAUCCAACCACCUCAGGUGAUCCAACCACCUCAGGUGAUCCAACCACCUCAAGUGGUGCAGCCACAACAGCCACCCCUGAUGCAGCCACCCCUGAUACAGCCACCUCAAGGGGUGCAGCCACAGCCAGCUGCAGCUCGGAGGUAUUCUGUACAGCCCUGGGAGAACCUGUGCAUGAUCUGCAUGAACGAGACACUCAAGUUCAUCUUUGUCCAGUGCCUGCACGCCGGCAUUUGCAAUGGAUGCAGGGAAAACAUGCUCGCCAAAGACAAUGCACACCAGGGAGACGAUCGUACAACGACCUGUCCCAUCUGCAGGAUUGAACACACUGGGAGAAAUAUUCGCCAGAUGUUCCUUAUCAACCCGGAACUUAUUUGAAAAAUCCCUGAAGGCUGCAAACCAUUGUCCAUUGAUGUCCAACACAGUUGUUUGUUCUUGAUUUAAUUGCGUUCAACGCUUAAUUUUUAGUUUAAAUGACCUGACUUUACAACUGUCUGCUGGUUCAGAAGAGUAAAUUGCUCAAUAUAAAUAAGAAUUGUUGGUACAAUAAGAAUGAUGAAUAUAUUUAUGAUAAUAGAAUUAAAAUAAUCCUCCUAUCCUAGAGAUAAAAUGUAAAAAAAAACCUGAUAAGAGCUUUUUUCCCCAGCAUGCUGUUAAAUUUAAAAAUAUCUUGUAAAUGCGUACCUUAAGUCGGUCCACUUCGCUACGGAAGUGCUCGAGAAGCGACCGAGAGGCGGUUGCGUGGUCCUCAAGCUUGGAUUCGCCACUCACAAGCUUGUCAGCAGCCUCCUGAAGCAUUCUGGAGGCGACAAUCAGGUCAUUGGCAUUGCCACCACCGUCACUCAAGGCGAGCGCCUCGAGCCGCUCGCGAAUUUGUCUCAGCUCCUCGCUGAUAGCUCCAGAGUUGCCACCGCUGUUCUGCAACUGAGAGCGAAUUUCCUCCACAGAACUCUGCAGGCGUUGCAUCCACUGCCUCUCACUCUCGGUGUGCUAAAACAACGGCAAAAUUUUUUAAGUUAUUUCUGUUUAUAAAGCAUUGCCUUCAAUUUACACGAAAAAAUAAAUUCAUAGGUUUAUAAAUAUUUGAAAAUUACAAAAUAAUCAAAUGAAUAACAAGAGAAUAUGCCUGGAAAAAAGACAUUUAAUAUUUUAAAUCAAAUUAAACUAUUUGAAAUAAUUGUCAGGAAAUAAAAUGU